AUGUUGAAACUUCAGGAAGCAAAUCAGGAAAACGUCCUAGAGAAGAUGUGUGAGAUAGAUGCAGCUGGCUGCUACACCCUGUACAACUAUGUUUCAGGAGGUGAGCUAGAGCUUUUAGGAGCCGACGAAAAGCGGAGUGAAACUUGUGAGUUCUUAAGAACUGCAACGUCCAGUUUAUUUUCCUCUUUUUGUCUACUAAUUGCUAUAAUUGAGUCAAUGAUGGGACUUCUAGGAAAUGGGACUGUCUUGGCUGUCAGUUCAACUAGUUGCAUCAGGAGCAAAAUAUUGUCCUCCUAUGACGUGAUUAUGAUCUUUCUGGGCUUAUCCAGGUCCUUUUUGCAGUUCUGGAUGAUGCGGGAUUUCUUCCCAAGUAUUUUUUGUCAACUUUCCUUUCAUAAAGAAAACUUAUUUGUAACUUUCAUAGUUACAGGUUUUUAUAACUCUUCCAGUUUUUGGUUUGCUGCCUGGCUUAGUGUCUUCUAUUGUAUCAAGGUCGCCAGUUUUACCCAGUCAUUCCUCAUCUGUCUGAAGCAAAGGAUUUCCAGUCUGACACCCUGGAUGCUGACAGCAUCAUCUCUUUUUUCCUUUGCAACCUCUUUUCCCUUCUCCUGGGAUAACUGCAACACACACAGCAACUUCACUACUCCUUUCACCGUGACAAACUCUUCAGAAAGGAUAGUCACAAGGAAAACUAAGAGUUUGGUUUUGAGCCUUCUCUGUAACGGUGGUGUAGCUUAGCCUUCAGUAAUGCUUGUUUUUUCAAGCGUCCUGCUGAUUAGAUCUCUGUGGAGGUGCACCAGACAGAUGCAAAAUAAUGCAGGUGGCUUCAGGGAUCCCAGCUUAGCAGCUCUUAUUGGUGCCAUCAAGACAGUCUUCUCCUUCCUCCUCCUGUACAUUCCAAAUUUGAUUGCUUUGAUUCUCAUUUUAUCUGACACUUUCGUGCCUUUAAGCACUGAGGAAGCUGUAUGUGUUGUUGUAGUGGCUGCCUGUCCUGCACGACAAUCUACGGUCUUAACCUGGAGCAAGCUCAAAUUUCGAGAGCUGCUCACCAGCAUUUUGCACCACACAAGCUGCUGUGUCAGAGCAAGAUGCAGUUGA